UAAGGGAUGAAGAUAAGAUUGUCGGGGUGGGUAGCACAGUUGUGCAACAAAACGAACGGAAAUUUCGAUUAUUUCGACGAACAAGUUGCUAACGCUUUUAGUAUUUAUUGGCGGCAUUUCGAUCAUGCAUAGUUUGAUCUACAAGAAGAUCAGGGAUGCCCAGGCGAGGAGUCAGCUGUCCAACCGAACUGAUGACAUAUCAUAUGAGGGUCCACGACCAAGACGUGGCAGACGUUCUUAUGUGCCCGAACCCGCACGAUUACCCGAACUUCGACGAUUUCAGUUUCACGCCAAGGAAAAUCUUGCACCGAGAAUUGCCUUGUUUCGUACUGAAAAUGUUCGAGGAAUUGAACUUCAUAGAAGAGUUCCGAAUAAAAAAAGACAUUCUGACGAGGUUUAUAUUGUACGUCAAGAAGGGAUACAGGGACCUGCCUUACCACAAUUGGUUGCAUGCGUUUUCUGUCGCGCAUUUUGCCUAUUUAUGCUUGAAGAAUUUCCAGUUGGUAGAAAAAGGCUACAUAUCAAAAUUGGAAGCUUUAGCGUACCUCAUAUCUUGCUUGUGUCAUGACAUAGAUCAUAGAGGAACGACGAACUCAUUCCAACAGCAGUCAGAUAGUGUGUUGGCUAGUCUUUAUUCUAGUGAAGGAUCGGUCAUGGAGAGGCAUCACCUGUCUCAGACGAUAUGCACCUUGAAUACUGAGGGCUGUAAUUUCUUGGAGUCCCUGAAUCGAGACGACUAUAUAAAAUGCCUUGAUCUUAUUAAGGAUAUGAUUUUGGCGACCGACCUCGCUAUACAUUACAGGAUACACUCUAAACAGUCAGCUAUGGCACUGGACGGCUACAAUAAGAAUAACGCCGAACACCGAUAUUUCCUGUGCAGCCUGUUGAUGACGUGUGCGAUCUUUCAGAUCAAACUAAGGCUUGCCCGAGAGCAAAAAGGUGGCAACGCUGAUCUACACGGAAUUCUUCACGCAAGGAGAUAUGGAAAAGGAGAUGGGAAAGGAGCCGGCCAAUAUGAUGGAUAGGGAAAAAGCGUCGAUACCCGAUCACCAGCUCGACUUUUUAACGCAGUGCUGUAUUUGUAUUUUUAAGAUAUUGGAAAUGAUAUUCCCCAAAGCGAAAGUGCUGGUGGACGCGUUGAAGAAGAACAUAUUGUGUUGGGAGACGUCAAAGAUGGUCUUCGAGAGGUUAGGUCUGGAGGGGAAACGUCGUACGAAGUUUUAACUAGCGACGAAUUGGGAGGCGCAAGUGCAGGCCACACUUGAAGUUAUACAGGGUUGAAUAUGUGUUAAACUAUUUUUAUUAUGAUAAGCAAUGAAUGUGUUACAAUACUGACAAAAGACGCGUGCGCAAUAACGUAUAAGUGAAACAAAAUGUAGAUAACCGCAGAAAGCUCAAAUCAAAGUAUAAAUGUAAUUUACUAAUAUCAAGAUGAUCUGUAUUCAGACAGUGAAAUAAACUGGUUGUUAUUUAUUUACCGUAUGAA